AUGUCGUCCGCUGUAGCAGAACUGGAGAACAUUCUCCAAUCCAUGCUGGCGCUGAAGCCUCCAGGCGUAUCCGGAUCCAAGAUUCAGAGCAUCACCAGUUUGUGCACGGCCAAUGUUCAGAAUGAAUCCGUUCUGAUCCAAAAAAUCUACACGCAUUUCAAGAAGGCACCGGGCACCCACAAACUGGGCGUACUCUAUGUCGUAGACUCUGUAACCCGUCAGUGGGUAGAAGCUGCACGAAAGGCCGGACAACCGCUAGGAUCCUCUGCCCCAGAUGGAACUUUCGCCGCUGGUGUCAACCGAGUUACCGAACUCCUCCCAGUAUUGAUGGGUGAUAUCAUAAACAACGCCCCUCAGGAUCAAAAGGACAAGAUCAAGAAACUCAUCGAUAUCUGGGAACGUGGCUACACCUUCCCAGGUCCCAUGCUAGCCUCGUUCCGCGACAAACUCAACGCGCCCGUUCAGAACGUCGAAUCGACCACGCCCGAAGGAUCUCCUGCCCCCGCCAUGAACCUGCUUGGAGGAGGCGCGCCUCCUACGAACAACGGCUCUGGAGCUGCACCGGACACCUCCAGUAUCUUGAAAGCGUUGGCCGAUAUGGCGAAGCAAAACACCACUGCCCCGGCACCUCAAGCCCCAUCUGCGGCUCCAACAAAUCCUCUGGCAGCUUUGAAUCCUGCUGCCUCGAUCCCACAACCCGUCUCCUCUGCCGAUCCCACCGCUGCCGCGAACCAAUAUGCUGCUCAGGCUGGUUUGAAUCCGUUUGCUGCUAUGGGUGGUGCUUUGGGUCAUAAUCCUGCCCUUGGACAGCCUCAAAGCCAAAGCCAAACACCGAAUCCAAUGGCUGCUCAGAAUCCUUUGGCGGCCAUGAUGGGACAGGCUGCACCUGCACCAACCCCCGAUAAUGGAGCCGGUAUGGCACAGCAAUGGCAAUUACUUCAGAUGCUCGCAGCACAGGGUGUUCCCCAGGAACAGUGGGGGACGGCCCUUCAGAUCUUCAGCAUGACCAACAACAUGGGUGGUAAUGCUCCUCAGAUGCCUGGCUUCGGUGCUAUGCCCGGUAUGCCCGCUAUGCCCGGUAUGCCCGCUAUGCCCAAUGCCUGGGGUCACCAAGACUCCCAAAAUCGCGAUGAUCGGGACCGCGAACGCGAUUACAACCGUUCCCCCGGUGGCUACCGUCGCCGUUCUCGUUCACCAGGCGCUGGUUGGGAUCGCCGUCGCACUGCUUCCCCUCCUCGCCGUCGUGAUAGCCCAGUCUAUGGUGAAUACCACGGCGAUUCUCCUGGCCGUCGGGGUGACCCACGUGAUGCUCGUCGUGGCGGACGUCCUAAUGAAUAUCGCCAGCGCAGCCCACCUGGACGCAGACGCCGCUCCCCCUCGCCCCCUCGCAAGGAUCCUAACCUCCCUCCUCCUGGUCCAAAGCUGAUCGAAUGGGACUACUCUAUCGGUCAGGGCAGCAUCAAAGUCCUGAGCCGAACCCUCUUCGUCGGUGGCGUCACCUCAUCCGAGGCCAAUCUGCGCGCAUUGUUCAACAAGUUCGGUCUGGUCCAAACUUGCAUCGUGAACAUUGACAAGAGACACGCAUUCAUUAAGAUGAUCAGCCGUCAGGAUGCCAUCUUGGCCCGCGAUGGAAUGGAGUCAUACCGUGUCGGUGAAAUGCAAUUACGAACACGAUGGGGUGUUGGAUUCGGUCCGCGUGACUGCAGCGACUACCAAACUGGUGUCAGUAUCAUCCCCGUUGAGCGGUUGACUGAGGCGGAUCGCAAAUGGAUGCUGAAUGCUGAGUAUGGUGGUACUGGUGGCCGUGCUAUUGAAUCUGGCAUGGUCGUUGAGGAACCCGAUAUUGAAAUCGGUGCAGGUGUAUCCUCCAAGGCAAUCAGCCGACGUAUCGCAACCGACACCGGUGGCAAACGUGGUCCUAUUUCGACUCGCACCAACCCUGGACCCGGAGAGCAGCGAUUCGGAGGACGCCGCUCGGAACGUGAUGGUUUCGACUCUGGUGGCUACAAUCCUGCCCCUCAAGGAGAUCGCGUUGACAUGAACAACAUGAACAACCCAGCCGUUGCACCUGCCGUUCCUUCAUACGGUUUCAGUUUCCCCAACAUGCCCAUGCUUCCUCCCGGAUUCAUGCUCGGUGGUCAAGCUGGCAUGCCAGCUUCUCAGCCCCCUCCCCCAGGCCAGGGUAACUAA